AACAACAGCAGCAGAGGGGAAGGUGUUAUGGCAACAAUGAUCGAGGAAAAUGGUCCUUCGACACAUGACCAGUGUGAAAUGACCUCCUCUUCCUCCUCCCAGGCCAGGCAGAAACUGGAGGGGCUCCUGAACAAGAACAUGAGGAUCCGGAUGACAGACGGACGGACUCUUGUGGGUCUCUUCCUCUGCACAGACAGGGACUGCAACGUCAUCCUGGGCUCAGCUCAGGAGUUCCUCAAAUCUACAGACACGUUCUCCCAGGGUGAACCCAGAGUCCUGGGCCUGGCCAUGAUCCCCGGUCACCAUGUGGUGUCCAUCGAGGUGGAAGCAGACACUCUAGAAGACACGCCGGGAUUCGGAGCCAACCACUGACCAGCGCUCAUGUGACCGUGUCCCAGCCGAGCCUGAUGUCCGGCUACAGCAGGACUCUGAGGACAGGAUGUGUCCAGAAGAUUUUUAACUUGGUCUCUACAGACAGAACCCAUGUGUCCAUUCUGGAUUUAACCGUUUCCCUCUGUGACUGUAAGAGAACACU